UUCUCCGGUGUUUUCGGACCGGAGCCUCAUAACAGUGGUGGAAGAAACGGAACCUGUGAUCAAAUGAGCUGAGAGAAUUCACAAACUUGCCGUUUUUGUAUUCUAAAUAAUGGAGUCGUCCUUCCUGAAAAUCGAUGACUACUCCACAUAUCUAGGAAGAGUCAUCUGUGGAUCUGAUUUCCACGAUAAUGACCAUGCAGUGGAUUUAAGGAUAAAACCUGGGCACAAUCGGGAUGGUGACGGAAUAGACGCUGAGACUAAAGCCUGCAAGAAGCCCGUGGCUUGUACCGAAGAGAAAUCUGUGUCCCAAGAUAGUGGCGUUCAAGACGAUGAUACGUCAAGGUCAAAUGCCCUAAAGACGCCACGACAUGGCAAAAGGGAUACAGCCACGUGUGAUAAAGGCACGUAUGACACAGACACGUGUGACGAAGGCACGUGUGAUACAGCCACGUAUGACACAGACGAAUGUGACAAUGCCCGGGGUAUAAACACACAAAUGAGUCGAGAUAGUCGUGGAGACAAUGUGGAAAAAGGCGAAAGUACAUUAUCAGCAGCUGAGAGGUGCAAGAAGGACAACAAAUAUCUGGUAAAUCUGCCAAUGACUGAAGACUGCACGGCCAUCCAUUUUGAUGAAUCGGACUCCAAGACUUCUCCAUACAAUCCAGAUGUCGAAUUCGGGGCCCGGAAGAGAAGAUACCGAACCAUUUUCUCCACAGAACAAUUACAUGCCUUAGAAGAGGUAUUCCGGAUCACUCAUUACCCGGAUAUGCAGGCAAGAGAGAGGCUUUCCACGCUGACGGACUUACCCGAGGCACGCAUACAGAUCUGGUUCCAGAACCGGCGAGCAAAAUGGCGAAAAUAUGAGAAGCUUGGUAACUUUGGGGGUCUCCAGGACCUGAAGGAUGUGACAUUUGUCCCUGCCCCCAAACCCACCCCCAGGUUACACGAAGAGCAGGAGACUGGGAGACGAUCCUCAAAAGAGAAAUUGAAGACAGUAGAGGCCUCUCCAGGGGGAGACAACUCCACGCCUGUCACCAUCUCUCCAUAUGCCACCAGCUACUGUGGGUUUCCAGCCCUUUUCUACCAAUCAGGAUUCUACCCAGAAAACAAAACGAACACAAACGACUCGAGGAGAAAGAACAGCAUAGCAACUCUCCGAAUUAAGGCCAGAGAGUACGAGGCAGCUGUGGAGAUGCAAUACUUGUACAAGUAGAUCAUUUUACAUUUGAAAACUUUGGAUAAUACAACAUUACGCCUGUCA